UAUUUCCGCUCGAUCUUGAAUGAAAAUUCUCCUUUAAUUCCCACUACGGAUGAAUCCUAUAAAUAGAAGAUAGAAAGAGUUGGAUUGCAUAGAUAAACAUAAUUAAGAAUUAUAGCAAAAAAUAAGAUCGGAGAUGAGGAGGGGAGAGAGUUCAAGUUCAUCGUCGAACACCACAGUCGCCGUCCCCGAAUUCGAUUUCUUCAAACGAAAACCGCACCGGCCCCCGACGCAUCCACCACAUUCCCCCACCUCUGCCGCUGUUCUUGAUAAGAAGUGUGGUCAACGAAGAUGAUGCGAAGAUGAUGUUCGAGAAGACUCUGGGGUUUUGGGACGUCAAUUACUGGCCGAACCAUCUUUCUCUGAGGUCGGAGGAGAUGGCGUUGUGGGCUCUGAAACAAGAAGAGAGAAGCAAAUUGGCGACAGAUGGGUUUCUUGAUAACCCAAUCUCUGGCUCAACAUUUAGAGUUAACAUUUUAUUAUAGUAACUAGAUAGUGAAAAUGAAUAUUAUUCCAGGAAGAGAGUGGAUGUAUAAGAGAAAAUUUCCCACUGGAGAAUUCAAUCAGGAUUUUAUUGAUGGAUUAGAUGAGUUUAUAAAUUUUGCUAUUCAACACCCUUCUAGAAUGGAUGGCUCGAAAAUUAGAUGUCCAUGUGCACGUUGUGAUAAUAUCAAAUAUUUUCAUACGGACAGGGUGAAGGAGCAUCUUGUGAAGAAGGGGUUUACUCGGAAUUAUUAUGAUUGGAGAUUUCAUUACGAUGUUGGAGCACCGUCUGAUGUCGGAGCAUCGUCACAGACAUAAUCCAUGGAUUUUGAUACACCAUCAAAUCCAUACCAGCAUAUGGUGCAGGAUGUGUGGGGACAAUCAAGUGCUCACGAGCCUUGGCAAUAUGUUCCGCCUACGUACAUGCCAGAGCCCCCCAUUAAUGAGUCGCAACAGUUCUAUAAUAUGUUAGAAGCGUCUAAGUCUGAUUUGUGGGCUGGAUGUGAUUAUUCUGAGUUGUCAACAAAUGCUCGACUAAUGACUCUAAAGUCUGAACAUCAAUUGUCUCAACGAGCUGUUGACGAGUUGUGUCAGUUUAUGGAAGAGCAUUUGCCGAAACCGAAUCGUAUGCCUAACGGUUUUUAUAAGUGCAAGAAACAAAUGCAGGCUUUAGAUAUGCCUGUUCUCAAGAUACAUUGUUGCACGAAAGGGUGCAUGAUCAAUUGGAAAGAAGACGAAAAUAGGACCGAAUGCAAAGUUUGUGGUCAUGCUAGAUUUAAGGGUAAUGGCAGUCGUCCAUUCAAGAAGAUGUACUGUUUUCCUCUAUGCCCAAGAUUAAGAAGUUUGUAUGCAUUUGAAGUUACAGCUCAAUCAAUGCGAUGGCACGCAGAGAACGCCCAGACUUCAGGGGAGAUGCGUCAUCCGGCGGAUUCUGCAGCCUUGAAAACAUUCGACAAGACACAUCCCCUAUUUGCUUCUGAAUCAAGAAAUGUCAGGUUGGCACUUAGCACAAAUGGAUUUCAACCAUUUGGUCAAUCUGGUUCAUAGUACUCAGUAUGGCCGGUGAUUUUAACUCCAUUCAAUUUGCCUCUGUGGAUGUGCAUGAAAAAUCCAUACAUGUUUCUCACUGUGAUUGUGCCUGGUCCGAAGAAUCCAAAACAGAAAAUUGAUGUAUUUCUACAACCCAUGAUUGCAGAGCUCAAAGAUUUAUGGACUGAAGGAAUUCCAGCAUAUGAUAUAUCAAGAAAAUAGAACUUUCAAUUGCACACAGUAUUGAUGUGGACUAUCAGUGACUUCCCCGCAUAUUCAAUGUUAUCCAGAUGGAGCACAUCUGGGCACCGUGCAUGUCCAUAUUGUAUGGAGGACUCACGAGCUUUCUCCCUGAAGCAUGGACGAAAAACCACUUGGUUUGAUUGUCAUAGGAGGUUUCUCAAUAGAAAUCACCAAUUCCGCAGAGACAAAAAGAACUUUAUGAAGAACAGAACUGAGCAUUCUGGUCCUCCUCCGUUCUUAAAAGGAGAAGAGAUACUUGAUAACUUGGAACAAUUUGAAUUCCAUAGAGUGUUUGAUGAAGGUGCAGAAACAGCAAACUCCAAGUUGAGUAAGAUUUUUGGAUGGAAUAAACGAAGCAUAUUUUGGGAUCUCCCGUAUUGGAUGACAAAUGUGAUUAGUCACAACCUGGAUGUCAUGCACAUAGAGAAGAAUGUUUUCGACAAUAUCUUCAAUACCAUCAUGAAUGUAGAAGGCAUGACGAAGGACAAUGCCAAUGCAAGAAGAGAUUUGGAAGAGAUUGGUAUAACACCUGAACUUUGGCCAUAUGGCGGGAAAUAUCAUAAGGCUAAUUUCACGCUUGACAAAGAAAGUUAAGCUACCAGAGCAGCCAAGUUCUAUUGUCGCCAAGGUGCUUUUCUUUUGAUCAUGUUUACACCCACUUGUUGUUCCUAGUAGGGAAGAAAUGUACCUGACUUAGCUUCGUUGAUCUAAUUUAUCUAUAAAUUUUCUCCUGAGCCCUAGUAUGAUAUGUUUCUUAUUGUCUCCCAGUGCAUAACUUGCAUAUUUAUCAUAACCUGAUGAUACAAAUUUUUUCAUAACUAGUUUAGGAAUGGACAGGAACAAUUCUCUUGCUAUUCGCUUGCUUGCUGUUUCCACAAAUCUGAAUGUAUCUUGCUUUCAUUCAUGAACAUCAUUUUAUUCAUUCAUCAAAAUGUCAUUUAACAUGUAGAAUAGCACCAAGAAUUUGAAAAUAGAGAAAAUAUUACAUAAUGUUUGAACUUAUAGUUAAAUGCCUAGAGGAGGAUUUACCGGACGACUUAGAGAAGCCUCAUCCCGUGGCACUCAGCUUAAGGAACUAGUGGACGUUCCUCCUGAGAUAGAGAAUAUCUUCACACUUUUUGACAUAGAAGUGUCACCAGAAGAAGAAGGGGAUGAAGAAACAGUUGGAGUACAUUCACCAAUAGCACCUGAUCAACCUGAUCUCCCUGAUCGAUACGGAAGAAAAAUCAUACAUCUUAGGGAGGAUGGAAUGCUCUACCCUACCAAAGAUGUAUCCAAUAUUUGUCUUGAUGUUUUUCAUAAGAUUGUUCUCCCAGACGCCUUCUUUCAAAAAAGUCUUAAGCAACACCACAUUGAAGUUUAUUGGCUGGAAUUCAAGAAACAUGCUAACGUCGAGAAAUAUGAUCAAAAUCUCGCGUUAGAUGCAUUUAAAAGAAAAUGCAAAGUUAGGUAUGGAGAUUAUAUCAGCAAGAUGAGAAAGGCAAAAAAGAAACCAACCUACUUCCUUGGCGCCGUGUGGAAUGACUAUUGUAAAGCUUGGAAUACGGCUGAUGCUAUAAAGGCUUCCAAAAGACGUUCGAACAAUCGCAGACAGGGGAAAGUGAAGGCUCUUGGCACACAUGCUAAUGGCUGUGUUGCAUUUGAUGUGACAGCCAAAAAAAUGGCUAAAGAGAACCAUAGAAAUCUCCCUCCAUUUUGGGAACUAUUUCUCAAGACUCAUAGGCUAAAGGACUCAUACGAGUUAUGUUCACAACAAGCCAAAGAAAUUGAGGAGAGAGUUUUGGCAAGGGCUGAAGAGUUGCGUGCUGAAGGGGAAGAUCCAGAUUACGAUGCAAUCUUUCUCGAGCUUUUUGGGAGGGCUAAGAAAAGGAAACAGGUUCCUGGAGCUGGGCAAGCGACAAGCAUGUAUUUUCCAUGUGCUACCAGCUCAGCUGCGGGCUAUGCAUCUUCCGGCUCAUCUUCCGGCUCGUCUGGCCUCAGCACUGAGCAGGUUGAUGAGCUUCUCGAGCGACGAGUACAGCCUUUGCAUCAAGAGAUCGAAGAAUUGCGGGAGCUAGUAAAAGUCCUCCGUUAGCAAGUUCAAGAGUGUAGAAGAAGUGGCUAGUAGUAUUUGAACUAAAUAGUGGAAACUAGUAGUAUUUGAACUUAAUUUGUGAUUUGAUUGAAUUGAAGUGUGAAACAAUA